UUAUUGUUGUUGCUGUUGCUGCUGCUGUUGUAACUUCUGCUGCGGCAAAUAUAAACCAGCGCCACACGAUGGUUCAGGAGACUACCACCAUCUUAAUCGAGACGAUGAGAAUGCGAGUGGUUCGUCAAUGGGCACGCGGGACCUACGUUCCGGGAAAGAAGACUUCAACGACAUAGAUGACGUUCGCACUGGAGGGGCUCCGGUUACCACACAACCACAACCUGGUCAAGGAGGAGGGGCUGGAAUGCCAGCAUUCGCAAUGCCAGCUCCUCCAGCUGAACCUCACAGCACUAAUCCUUUCACAUCAGCCGCUACAGAAUCCACAUCUUUGAAUACAACGGAACAAGCAACAUAUACACCAGGUUUAACAUCAUCUCCACGGCACGGCUAAACACCCUCUUGGAUUUUUAAAUAAUUCAUCCAAAUAAGAACAUUAAUUAUAAUAAUAAGUGAAUUUUGAAAGGCAAGAACAAAACA